AUGUCGGUGCGCAACCUCACGGAGAAUCAGCUCUCAGGCAGCUCACGCUCCAACUCCAGCGAUAUCCUCGCACAACGGCCGUCGUCGUCCCCCCCCGUCCAGCCAGCCCACAACCCGUUCUCUGACGACGCCGAGGAGGACACAUAUGGCUCGUACAGCGGCAGCGAAUCCUCGCUGAUCCACCACAAUAACAACAACAACAACGGCAACGGUAACAACGUCCCAGGCGUCUCGAAACCUGUGGUAGCAGCAGCGGCUGCUGCUGCAGGAGCUGACGGCCGUGACGCAGCCGACUACAGGGGCUAUUACUCCAGAGGAGCUGCUGGCUCGCGCCAGCAGCCUUCCAGAUCUGCCGCUGGCGUCCCGGGUAUAACCAGUAGUCGUGCUAACGCUGCUCCUGCAGCGUUGCCCUCCAGUACGAGCCUGAGCUCACAUUUGGGCAUCUCGAACAACGACAUCACCGCUCCACCCGGUUUCGACCGCUACCCUGUCGUGGGUGGUUCUCGCGUGUCAUCCAUGGCCCCAGUCCCCGAAGCUGCUGGUCAUCAUCCACACCCAACGGGUCCAAGCGACCACACUUCAUCCGCAUCUGUCACGUCUUCCGACCCUUUUAUAAGCGAUCAGGACUUUUCGCCUUUUGGUGGCUAUCCAGCGUCGUCUUUCCCACUUCUUCUCGAGGAAAAAGAAGACGACGAUUAUCUGCACAAUCCCGAUCCCGAAGAAGAAGCAAGGCUCGAUAAAAACCGGUUCGUGAUUGAUUUCAAACACAUGGAUAAACGUUCUGCCGGUGGCUACAUCAGUUUUCUACUACUAUUUCUGGGUGCCAUUGCCGUGUUUAUCAUUUUGCCAGUUCUAACAUUCACCGGUGCCACGACCCAUGGCUCUCCACAAACCAUUAGCUUCCUCUCGCUUUACGAGUACCCACAGCUGUCGGCAAUCCGCCAGUCACUUGUGGACCCUGACACUCCAGAUGACGCUAAGUAUUUCACCGCAAAAGACGGUUCUCAGUGGCCUUUGGUUUUCUCAGACGAGUUUAAUGCAGAAGGCAGGACUUUCUACGAUGGCGACGAUCAAUUCUGGACUGCAGUUGAUAUUCACUACGAUGCUACUCACGAUUUGGAAUGGUACUCUCCAGAUGCGGUCCAAACUGCAAACGGUACUCUCCAGCUCACUUUGGACGCCUACAAGAAUCAUGGCCUAUACUACAGAUCUGGUAUGGUUCAAAGUUGGAACAAAAUGUGCUUUACGCAAGGUUACAUCGAAGCCUCCGCCAAUUUGCCCAACUACGGUCGUGUCAUGGGAUUGUGGCCCGGUAUGUGGACUAUGGGUAACCUAGCAAGACCUGGUUACUUGGCGUCUACCGAGGGGCUAUGGCCUUACUCGUAUUCCUCGUGCGAUGCGGGUAUCACUCCAAACCAAAGUUCCCCCGAUGGGAUUUCCAUGUUACCUGGUCAAAGACUCUCGGUUUGCACAUGCGAUAAAGAAGACCACCCCAAUCAAGGUACCGGCAGAGGCGCUCCUGAAAUUGAUAUCAUCGAAGCCGAAACCGACACUACAAUCGGUGUAGGUCUGGCUUCUCAGUCUCUUCAAAUCGCCCCAUUCGAUAUUUGGUACAUUCCAGAUUAUGAUUUCGUGGAGAUUUACAAUACUUCCGUCACUGUGAUGAACACUUACUGUGGAGGUCCUUUCCAGCAAGCCGUGUCUGCGGUGUCUACUUUGAAUACGACGUGGUACGAAUUUGGCCCCGACGCUGGUUAUUAUCAAUCCUAUGGUUUCGAGCUGAUAAAUGACGAGGAAAACGGGUAUCUCAGGUGGUUUGUUGGCGACAAACCAACUUACACAAUCUACUCUAAGGCGUUGCAUCCAAAUGGUAAUAUUGACUGGAGGUUGCUAAGUAAAGAACCCAUGUCCGUUAUUUUGAACUUGGGUCUCUCUACCAAUUGGGCUUACAUCGAUUUCAACUCCAUUUUCUUUCCGGUAACGAUGAGUAUUGACUACGUUCGCAUAUACCAACCUAGCGAUGCCAUCAAUAUCAACUGUGACCCUGAUGACUAUCCCACAUAUGAUUACAUUCAAGAUCAUUUGAAUGCUUACACAAAUCCUAACUUGACCACUUGGGAAGCAGCUGGAUACACAUUCCCAAAGAAUAUUCUGACGGGAAAUUGUAAGAGUUCAAAGUUUUCGCUCUCUGAGUAA